UGUCAUUCUCGCAGUCAGCUUUUGUUUACAAAAUUUGCCACCAUCGCGAUCGGAAGCAUCUGUUUUCCCUUGAAUUCGUGAAUAGUUUUCUCAACUUUACGCUUGACCGCACACUUCCGGCUCGCACCAUGUCCUACCAGCUGUACCGCAACACGACUCUCGGCAACACCCUGCAGGAAACGCUGGACGAGCUGAUUCAGUACGGUCAAAUCACGCCGGCCCUGGCCGUCCGCGUGCUCGUCCAGUUCGACAAAUCCAUCAACGCAGCCCUCUCGAAUCGGGUCAAGUCCCGGGUGACCUUCAAGGCGGCCAAGCUGAACACGUACCGGUUCUGCGACAACGUUUGGACACUGAUGCUGAACCAGGUCGAGUUCCGGGAGGUGCACGAAUUUGCCAAGGUGGACAAGGUCAAGAUCGUGGCGUGUGACGGCAAAAGUGAGUUACCUCAACGCGAAUGACGAGCUCGGGAGGACCGAUCGAUAGAAAUGCGGAGUCUUGUUUUAUUUUAUUAUUUUCUUUCCGACAUCUUCAUGCGUAUUCUUUUAUGUGGGUUGUUUUUUUUUAGCUUUAAAGCGUAAGCACAUAAUGCCCCAACACCCUUGCGUCCCCUUAUGGGACACUCCACCCAAAAAGAUAGUUUAUAACAAAUUACAUAAAUCAGACUAAAUAAACGAUUCGAAGUGACCAAAA